AGUGAUAAUAAAACCGAUCACAAAUCCCUCACUCUCCUCAUCCCAAACACCACCCACACAUUUCUUCUCCCUUUUCUCUCAUCACACUUCCAUCAUCACACACAUCCAUGGCCACCAUCGCCGCCGUCGCCGUCCCUUCCCUCCCCCGCCUCCGGGCCGCCGGAGCAACAUCAACCCCUUCUAGACUCCUCCCCACCCCCGCGAAGGCAAGAAGGUUCGCAGUCAAGGCCUCAUUGAGGGAAGCUGUGGGCACGGCGGCCGUGGCUGCGGCCACGGCCGCCACUCUGCUCUCCGGGAACGCCGCAUGGGCGGCGGAGGUGAAGCUGGGGAGCGACGACGGGGCGCUGGCGUUCGUCCCCGGGGAGCUGAGAGUGGCCCCCGGGGAGACGAUCGUGUUCAGGAACAACGCGGGGUUCCCGCACAACGUGGUGUUCGACGAGGACGAGGUGCCGGGCGGGGUGGACGUGUCGAAGAUAUCGAUGAGCGAGGAGAACCUGCUGAACGCCCCGGGGGAGACGUUCACGGUGACGCUGACCGAGAAGGGGACCUACUCUUACUACUGCUCCCCUCACCAGGGCGCCGGCAUGGUUGGCAAGAUCAUUGUUGAGUGAAAUGAAGAAGAUUUCUCUUCUCAUUUCUUUCUGUAUGGAACACUACUUUUUCCUCUGUCUUUUCAUGGAAUUACAAUGCUCUGCUUUGUGUUUGUUUACUCCUCUAUUAUCACCAUUCCCUCCUCAAGCAAUUAUGAAUUAUUACAGAGGUAAAUUGAGCUAUAAUUAAUUUCUGUAAGACAAAUCGGGCAUGAGUUGUUUAUU